GGGCUGUUUGUCACCUGCUUUUAAAUGUUUGCUAGUAGAGGACCGUGGCCUUAAAGUUGCAGAAUGUGCAACAUCUAGUUUAUAGAGUAUGCUUCCUAUGCAAGAAUAAACAUACAGCUUCCUCCAAGUGAGAAUGUUGCUGCAGCUUGAUUUUGUUGAUCCAGUUAAGUGACUCUUUAACAUGUCUUCAAAAACAAGGCUGAUUGUAAAAGCAGCUGCGCCUGGGGAUGGUAAAGUCCCAAUAUGCUGCUCGGUUCGUCUCAGUUUAGCCAUCUGGGCCUUCUUAGGAUUCUUCCUCUUAUAUGCACUCCGUGUGAAUUUAAGUGUGGCCUUGGUGGACAUGAUAGAACCCAAUGCAAGCUUGCUGAAAAACACAACUUCGGUGUGCCCGGAGCAUUCUUCAACUCCAGUUGUUCCUCGUAACACUACGGGGAAAAAGUAUGCUUGGGAUGCUGAUACACAAGGCUGGAUCCUUGGUUCCUUCUUCUAUGGCUACAUCAUCACACAGAUCCCUGGUGGAUAUUUUGCACGCCAAGUUGGGGGAAAGCUGCUGCUGGGCUUUGGCAUCCUGGGUACUGCCGUUUUUACCCUGUUUACACCUUUAGCAGCAGAUUGGGGAGUUGGAUUCCUCAUAGCCGUGAGAGCCCUGGAAGGGCUGGGUGAGGGUGUCACCUUUCCUGCUAUGCAUGCAAUGUGGUCCUCCUGGUCUCCUCCAAUGGAACGCAGCAAACUUCUUAGUAUUUCAUAUGCAGGUGCACAACUAGGAACUGUUGUGUCUCUUCCAUUGUCCGGCUUGAUCUGUUUUUAUAUGGACUGGGCUUAUGUAUUCUACAUAUUUGGUACCCUGGGUGUGCUGUGGUUCCUCUUCUGGAUGGUGAUGGUUAGUGAUACUCCAGAAACUCACAAGAGGAUUUCUCAUGCAGAGAAAGAAUACAUUCUGUCUUCUCUUGCAGAUCAGCUUUCGACCCAGAAAUCUGUGCCUUGGAAAGCCAUGCUGACAUCUCUUCCGCUUUGGGCUAUUGUUGUAGCCCACUUUUCUUACAACUGGACUUUCUAUACCCUUCUUACCUUGUUGCCUACCUACAUGAAGGAGAUUUUGCGAUUUGAUGUGCAAGAGAAUGGAUUUCUCUCUGCACUGCCUUAUUUUGGUUGUUGGAUUUGUAUGAUACUAUCUGGUCAAUUUGCUGAUCAUUUACGGGAGAAACAAAACCUAUCUACAGUAUGUGUGCGAAAAACAUUUACUCUGAUAGGAAUGAUUGGCCCAGCAGUUUUCCUUGUAGCAGCUGGAUUUAUAGGGUGCAAUUAUGAACUAGCUGUCACAUUUGUAACCAUAUCAACAACACUGGGGGGCUUUUCUGUCUCUGGCUACAGCAUCAACCACCUGGAUAUUGCACCAUCAUACGCUGGUAUCCUCCUAGGAAUCACAAAUUCAUUUGCUACUAUCCCGGGAAUGGUGGGACCACUCGUUGCUAAAAGCUUGACUCAUAGUAACACUGUGGGCGAGUGGCAGAUUGUGUUCUACAUUGCUGCUACCAUUAAUUUAUUUGGAGCUGUUUUCUUUGCGAUAUUCAGUAGUGGAGAAGUGCAAGACUGGGCCCUGGAUGGCUACCACUUACAUAGGAACUGAUGAAAACUAGGAUUAAUCACAGAGUAUUGCAGGCAUGUGACCUGGAAAGCCUUUUGCAUGACAUCUGCAGUGCCUACUGUAACCUGUUGGGACUAGAAGACAUUUCAUCGUUUGAUACGCUGAUCUAUUAUUUUCUACUUUCUUUUAUUUUUGGUAAUAAGGAGUUGGGAUCUAAUACAAUGGUAUUUUUACUAUGAUUUGGUCUCAGAUUUCUGAGGAACUGUGACAUUUUAAUCAAUGUAGUCAUAUUUUUAAAAUAUUGUAUAUGAAAUAAAUUAUUGGAGAAUCUAUUAUUGAAUGAUAUGUGGUAGUUAAAAUAUAGUGCAGAAAAUGGAUAUUUUUAGUUAGGGUUGUUAGAAUUAUUGAUAUUUUCAUUAUAUUUUCCGUGUUCUAUUAAUCUCAGUAAGUAAUGAGCAUUAAAAGAGGGAAUAUCUUUUUCCCUGUCUCUCA